UCAACUAAGACAAACAAGAAGAACAAUCAGAUUAAAUAGAAUUUACUACUUCUUUUCUUUCUUCUUUCCUUUUGGUGGCUGAAGAAGGAUGUCUGUGAAAAGCGCAAAGGGAGGAGCAGAAAGUAGACCAUCCUCUGCUGCCAGCAUGUGUCCACGAGGAGGAAGGGGAGCAGCAGCUGGCAGAUUGGCCGCUACUGGGAGAUUCAAAAACAAGGCCCUUCAGCUCAGCCUCUCCAAGAAAUUCUGCUCAAAGUCGCCCUUGGCCCAGGGGAAGGGCUCUGGCAGUGAGGAUGAGGCUCGUCGGCACGGUAAAAGGAGCCUCAGCAACAGCUCGGCGAUCGCUGCUGCCUACAUCUCCUACCUCAAUAAGCUCUUUGGACAGGAGAGGGAGCUGAUGCCAGAGGAGUUAGAUGAGCUGCAGGAGGCCUUUAAGGAAUUUGACUACGAUGCGGAUGGCUUCAUCCAUUACAAAGACAUCGCAGACUGCAUGAGGACCAUGGGCUACAUGCCCACAGAGAUGGAGCUCAUCGAGAUCAUCCAGCAAAUCAAGAUGAAAUGGGGUGGUCAUGUAGACUUUGAUGAUUUCUGUGAGCUAAUGGGGCCGAGGAUGCUGGCUGAGACGGCUCAUAUGGUCGGACUGAAGGAGCUCCGCUGUGCCUUCAAACAGUUUGACUGCGAUGGUGAUGGAAAGAUCACGAUUGAUGAGCUGAAGGAGGGCAUGAAGACCCUCCUGGGGGAGAAGCUGAAGAAAGGCGAGCUGGAGGAGAUCCUCUCCGACAUUGACCUCAACAAAGACGGCAACAUUGACUUUGAUGAGUUUGUUAUGAUGCUUUCUGCACGAUGACCUCUGAUGGAAGAUGAUGGAGCAUACAACACUGGAUCCGUGAGCUGUGUUCCAACUACCCAACACUGUCUUUUUUCUGCUGUUGUAAUUCUUUUUCUGUGACAUUGUGUAUUUCAAAUGUCUCAUUGUAAAAAACAUAACAGAGUCAAAGAGAUCUGUGUAUAUUUUCAUAAUAAAAGUUGAGGUUGAGUAAG